GCCAUCUGUCAGUGUCCAUCAGUGCCAGCUGCCAGUGCUGAACAGUGCCACGUGCCAGUGCCCAUCAGUGCCACAUAUCAGUGCCUACCAGUGCACAUCAAUGCCACAUAUCAGUGCCCAUCUGAGCUGCCUUUCAGUGUCACCCAUCAAUGCCAAUCAGUGCCGCCUAUCAGUGCUGCCAGUCAGUGCCGCCUAACAGUGCCAUGCCACCUACCAGUGCCUCCUCAUCAGUGCCCAUCAGUGCCACCUAUCAGUGCCCAUUACUGCAGCCUCAUUAGCGCACAUCAGUGAAGAAGAAAAAUCACUUAUUUACAAAAUUUUAUAA